AUGUCUCCCCCAAACCAGAGAGCAGGCAAGACUGCUCCCCGACUUCUGCAAGAUAUUGCGCUGUAUGAUCCGGACCAUCCUCCUGCGUCAGGUCGCAAUCUCCUCUCCGAAGUUCCUCCUGUGUUUCCCGAAGCAUACAAUGGACCGCUGGAAUGGGUGUCUCCGGCAGCAUGCAAACACAGUUACAUCACCAAGCCUAAUCAGACCUUCUUGCCUCCCCCGGAGCAGAGGCGAGGUCCUGGAACUGCUUCCAAAGUCUCUGCCAUUUGUUCCCGGUGUCGCUAUCAUCUGCAGGUAGUGGUCCACAACACAAGUGCGACCAGUACGAACUUGCCUGGACAUAUCCAUCAUUUGGUGUACAAGUCUGGACGACAGAGAGUCGGACCAUCUACGGCGGAGGUUACCCCAAAGGGCCAGCUGGUGGAAACCUUUCAUUACGAGUGUUCCUAUCCGACAUGCUCAGCGGUUGUCUCUUUACGCAUGGUGUCCCCGGUGCUUGGUCCUGAGUGGGUACAGCUUUUGACCGAUCAGGAGCUGCUUAAGAAGAGGGCCGACGAAGCUAUUGCAGCCAACCCUGAGCGCUUAGAGGGUAUUGCAAGGCCGCUUCCUGUCAAUGUCUUGGAUAACCUUCGCACAUAUAUCCACAAUGCGCUCCAUGAGCCACAACGGAGUAAACCGAUCUCUGCAAUGAACAAAAGAUUUGUGGUCUGCUUUGGAGUUGAAGGAAAAGCAUGCAAAGACCUAUUAGAGUUUCUGGAGUUCCGGGACAAGAACGAUGGUUUCUGGGAACCUCCCAAGCCAAACACUUCCGCUGUCCCACCGUAUCAAGAUGAAAUUAACAUCUUCCUCGAUGAUGUUCUGCAUGAGUUGUCGGCGUUGAUUGACCAGCGCCCGCCAGCUGAGAAGAAGAUACCGUACACCAUACCGACAACAACUCCAGCUAGCAACGACCUAUUCUACGCUCUUGAUGCUCUAAAUUGUUCGUGUUUCAAAACUCAUCUACCCCCGGGCGACCUUGAGCUAAUAUAUAACAGAUCCAAGGGCAUCGAGGUUGAGGAUAUGUCCUCUUCCUUGAUUAUCGAAGCCUAUCAUCGCCAAGUAUCGGUCAAUCCGGCAAGAGCGCCACAUUAUCUGAAAUGUUUGAAAGUGAUUGGCGAUUUAAGAGGAGGGCCUGACCGCGAGACCAUUGAACAGGCUGUCAUGAUAGCCUAUAGCGAAGGCAGGUACACGGAAGAGGAUGUUAUCAAGGCGUACAAAUAUUUUGGUCUUGAUCCGCAUGAUCCCAAUCUCACAGAAGAAAAUAUAAUCGGCAAAUUCCAUGCUUUUCUGAGCGCAACGACGCAGGAAACUGAAACUGAAACGCGGCAACAGCUAUGGCGAAUAGGUGACUACAGAGGAAGCGAACGCAUCAAGUCCGCUGCGGAAGAUAGAGUUUCAACUGUCGAACAAGCUCUUGUGUUCCUUGGAGUCGACGAGCAAACUUCAGAUGAUUUUAUUAUUACCAUGUACACUGCUAAGAUCAGUGAUAGCCCGAGCAGCAAAGAUCUCGCUCGGCGUGCAGUUGAACUCAUAGCCGAAGCGCGGAAAUCCGACACCCUCAAGCAUUUUCUGAAGACAGGUGAGACUGGAGCGGGUGAGAUGGAUGUGGGUGACGCCUAUCGCCUGCUUCAGAUACCAGAUCGUACAGUCGACGAUGCAGCAAUCAUCGCGGCAUAUACGAUUUGCGUAGACGAAGCCCCGGCUCAGAUUGAAACGUAUUCACGAGCGCUAGAAAUCAUCGCCAAAGAGAAAAACAGCCCGAUGCUCCGCAGUUACAUUUCAGGCUCGACUGUCCAGACCGAUCGUAACCUGUGCGAAUGGCCGGUUGGACUGCAGAAUAUAGGGAACACUUGUUACCUCAAUAGCUUACUGCAGUUCUAUUUUACGAUCCGUCCUUAUCGUGAGAUGGUUCUGGAUUUCGAGAACUACAAAACAGAGCUAGACGAUGAGAGCUUGCAGCAUAAAAAAGUGGGGUCCCGCAAAGUUUCAAGGCAGGAGGUUGAGCGUUCGCAGAAAUUCCUCAGGGAACUUCGGGCUCUCUUUCAAAACAUGAUCACUUCGCCGCAUUCUUCCGUCAGACCUGAGCAGGAGUUGGCAAGGUUGACGUUGAUAAGCUCUACAAACGAGGCGGCAAUUAGACGCAGAUCCACGGUAUCGGGAAAGCGACCCGGUGGUCUUGGUGAGAUCAACGGUUUGCCCGUGAUGGGACCUCUGGGUCCACCCCAGACUACCGAGGCUGGUGAAAGUGAUCAGGCUUCGAAAGCUCCUGAAGAGCAACGACCUUCGAAGGAGGUGACAGCAAGUGACAUAGAGAGCGAAGCAACGCUUGUCUCGGAGAGUGCACAACCAGAGUCGCAAGCGCCGCCAGCAGAUAACAAGGAGAACCAACCCCCACCACCCGCUGACGCUGAUAAUCCGUCGACUAGUCCUGUGGAGCCACCUAAUCGACCACCGCCGGUACCCCCACGUCCUUCCGAAUCGGAGCGGCAGAAACAGCUCAUUGAGGAAGUAGAGAUUGGGGCUCAACAGGACGUGACGGAAGUGAUUAAUAAUGUGCUCUUCCAGAGCGAAUGUGCCAUCAAGCCGAGGGACAUCGCUCCGGAUGGGGAACAGCUUGAUCAGAUUAAGGAUCUAUUCUACGGUAAAACGAUAUCUUACAUCACGGCGGAACGAGGCGUUCGGUCGAAGGAGGAGAUAUGGUCAGACAUCAAAGUUGAUGUUGCAACAGGAUCUCGCGACAUAUAUGCGGCCAUAGACGGUGCCUUUGAUGCGCAGAAGGUGUUUGUCGAUGGUGAAGUGGCAGAGCAAUUUGGCUCGAUCAGUAAACUCCCGCCGAUCCUCCAGAUUCAAGUUCAACGGGUGCAAUUCGAUCCGGUCAAGAAGACUUCCUUCAAGUCAACCCACCAUCUGGAAUUGAAGGAGACGAUCUAUCUUGACAGGUACAUGGACACGCAGCAGGCGGAAAUUAUCAACCGACGACGGCAAUGCUGGCAAUGGAAGGAGAACCUGAAAACCCUCGAGAGUCGCAGAGCGGAAUUACUACGUCUGAGUGAGAACGAUGGUCAAGACAUGUCAAGCCUUUUCGAAACCACGACGGCUCUGCUCGAGGACUUGGCCUCCAUGAAGGAAGAUCCCAAUAGUGCUGAGUAUUCUAUUGACGUCAGUACACAGCUAAUUUCCGAGCUUGAACAACUUUCUCAGAUCACGAAAACCGAGACAGCCUUUACCAAGCUGACGGGGUCUGCAGUUGUCGAGCAAGAAAUCAAGAAUACUCAGACGAUGAUUGAGACUCAGUUCGCGGACUACAAGCAUCUGGCAUACCGCCUGUACGCGGUGUUCAUGCACCAAGGAUCCGUGGAAUUCGGACAUUACUACAUCUACAUCUAUGACUUUAAGAAGAAUAUCUGGCGCAAGUACAACGACAGUGAAGUCACGGAAGUCAAGAACCCUGCGGAGAUCUUCGAAAAUCAAGGUCGCGUGAAUCCUCCUACGCCGUACUUCCUGGUGUACGUGAACAACGCCAUGAAGGAUCGUCUUGUCGAGCCUGUUUGCCGAGAAAUCUUCGAAACCGCGCAAAGCUCCACGCUGAACGAGCGAACGCCGAGCGCGAUGGUCGAUGGACCGGCCCCAACAAGUUCAGCAACCAUGGACGUAGACACGGAUCCACCGUCGUACGAGGAAGCAUGGAGUGGGAGCAACCCGGCAGCUGACAAGCCUGAACGUGCAAUGGUAGGCUCCGAGGGGAAUAAUAAUCCAUUACCCGCCGCAACAACAUCUCCAAUCUCAAUUCCACUGAAACGCAAGGGUUUGGAAGACGAGAUGGAAUAA